AUGUAUGUGAGUUAUCUUUUGGAAAAAGAAGCCAGCAUGUAUCCAGGAUCUUUAAGGUGCAACAGUCACAACCUGCCAGUGCAAAACUUCGCCUCCACAACACCUUAUAGCGAUUACAUGGGAUACCAUCAGGUGCAAAGUACUACAGACAACCGUGGACAGCCGGCUGGGAGCUGGGGCCCACCCUACGGCCUGCAAAGGGAGGACUGGAAUGCUUAUCAUGGACCUGGACCAUCCAGCACAGCGACCCCCACACCCAUGAGCGGAUCAUCUCCUGGGCAGAUCUCCUACACUUCUGGCAAUUACAGCUCCCUGAAUCCUGGGGGAUCAGGGGCUUUGCCUCCUGUAGAUACAAUUAACACAGAGCAAAUCUCUCCUCACAGUCCAAGACACAGCUCUUACGAAUGGAUGAGGAAAACAGCCCAGUCCACUUCCACAGGAAAAACAAGAACAAGAGAGAAGUACCGUGUAGUUUACACAGAUCAUCAGAGAUUAGAACUGGAGAAAGAGUUUCAUUACAACAGAUACAUAACGAUCAGGAGGAAGUCUGAACUAGCUGCAAACUUAAGACUUUCUGAAAGACAGGUAAAAAUCUGGUUCCAGAACCGUAGAGCCAAAGAACGAAAAUUAAUGAAGAAGAAAAUGACAAAUUUUGAUGGCGGCAGCCUGAGUUCCAUCCACAGCGACUCUGGUUCAAUGAGUCCUGUCCCGAUUCCUGACCCACAGACUCAUUCAGAGAUGGCUGGUCCUCUGUUUCCACCGCCGCCCCCCCUGCCUCCGCUCCCAAUGAAUGGCUUGCAGCACAAUGGGAACAUUCAACAGGUUGUCGCAUCCCCAUAA